AUUGGGGUUCUACGAAGCUGCCAUCUGACCUUGACUGUACCCAGCCCGGAGGAUUAUCGGCCCAACAUCGCGCACUCACUCUCGCCCUCAGAACUCGACGCGCCCAUCCCAGCCGACUAUAUAACCAACCAAGUCGCGUUUCUCCGGGGUUGCUUCAUACCACCAUGAGCAAAGCAUCGAUCACUCGCCCCCUCACCGACUGGUCCUUUACGCAGGUUGGCGGUGGAGAGGGAACGAAGGACGGAGAAUGGUUGCAAUGCUCGCAGUUUCCAACGACGGUUCAUGUAGAGCUACUCAAGCUCAAGCGUAUCCCGGAUCCUUUCCUUGGAUUGCAUGAAUGGGACGUGCAAUGGAUCGGCGAGACGCAAUGGUCAUUCAAGACCAACUUCUCGGUCUCCAAAGACGAGUUAUCCCCGUCCAACGUAGACUUGGUCUUCGAUGGGCUUGAUACCUUCGUGAACGUCUCCUUGAACGGAGAGCACAUUCUAAAAGCGAACAACCAAUUCCUAUCUCACCGAGUUCCCGUCAAGUCGCUGCUGAAGCAGGGCGAUAAUGAGCUCGUCCUCACUUUUGACAGCGCAUUUGUCCAUGGGCGUGAGCUCGAGAAGAAGCACGGCAAGCUCGGUCUUUGGAAUGGCGACUCCAGCCGCCUGCAUGUCCGCAAGGCGCAAUACAACUAUGGCUGGGACUGGGGUCCAGUUCUCAUGACUGUCGGUCCAUGGAAGCCCAUCAGCAUCCAUACCUACGAAGCUCGCAUCGCCGACCUCGACAUCCGAUCCCGAGUCGAGCAGGACUUCUCCGUGAAGAUGCCUGUAUCAUUCACAGUCGCCAACUUCACCUUUCCUCUCACCGCGAAGAUCGCCUUGAAGGACCCGUCUGGCAAGAUCGUCUCCUGGGCGAACCUCCCUGUGCAGUCUGAAACCCGCCAGGCCGACUUGUCAUUCGCAGCGGGCAAGCUGGAGCUGUGGUAUCCGGUGGGAUAUGGCGCGCAGCCGCUGUACACCUUCGAACUACAGCUUCUGGACGAGAACAACGACGUGCUGGAUAGCAAGGAGCAGCGCGUCGCUUUCCGCCGCGUCCAGGUCGUGCAGGAGAAGCUCGUGGACCAGCCAGGGUUGACGUUCUUGUUCGAGAUCAACAACAUACGGAUAUUCUGUGGAGGCUCCAAUUGGAUCCCUGCCGAUUCCUUCCUGACGACGAUCACGCCCGAUCGCUACAAGGCAUGGUUGAAGCUGCUCAUUGAAGGCAAUCAGAAUAUGAUUCGAGUAUGGGGCGGCGGUGUCUACGAGGCAGACGUCUUCUAUGACACAUGCGAUGAGCUUGGCAUCCUCGUGUGGCAGGACUUUAUGUUCGGUUGCGGCCAGUACCCCGCUUAUGACUCUUUCCUCGACUCUGUGCAAGAGGAAGCAGAACAGAACGUCAAGCGGCUUCGUCACCACCCAUCCCUCGUCAUCUUCGCUGGCAACAACGAAGACUACCAAAUUGCCGAGUCGAUGAAGCUCGACCUCGACUACUCGGACGAAACGUCAGACUUCCGCGAGACCAACUUCCCGGCACGCUAUAUCUACGAGCGCACAUUGCCCUCGGUUGUAGAAAGGCUGUCGGACGUCUACUACCAUCGAUCUUCGCCUUACAGUGGACAGGGCAAGCCUACGACGGACAAGACGCUCGGUGAUCUGCACCAGUGGAACGUCUGGCACGGCACCCAGGAGCCCUGGCACAACUGGGACAUCCUCGCUGGUCGCUUCGUGUCUGAGUUUGGCAUGGAGGGAUAUCCGAACAUUCGCACCGUGGACUAUUGGCUUGGUGGGGACGUGUCGGAGCGUCACCCUCAGUCCAGAGUCGUCGCCAACCACAAUAAGGCGGACGGCUACGAGCGCCGACUGGAGCUCUACCUGGUUGAGAACUUCAAGCAUGCGUUCGAUAUGGACAGCUACGUCUACUACACUCAGAUCAUGCAGGCUGAGACGCUUGCGUCCGCGUACCGGCUGUGGAGGCGCAACUGGAAAGGCCCCGGUCGCCAGUACACUUCCGGCGCGCUCGUCUGGCAAAUCAACGACUGCUGGCCGACCUGCUCCUGGGCCAUCGUCGACUACUUCCUCCGUCCCAAGCCCGCCUACUUCACCAUCGCCCGCGAGCUCCGCCCCUUCACCGUCGGCAUGACCCGCAAGGAAGUUACCGCCUACAAGGACGACACGUCCGCCGCCUUCCUCACCAUCACCACUGUCCUCGAGAUCUGGGGCACCAACAGCACGUUGACGGAGCGGAAGGCUACGCUGGAAGUGCAAGAGUUCGACCUACAGAGCGACUGGACGGAGAAGUGGGAGAAGGAAGUAGUGCUGGCGCCCAAUGCGAGUACGGAGCUGUACAAGGGCGAUGUCAAAGGGCAACCCGUGCGCACUAAGAAGAGCGAGGUGCCGAAGGAUAUCAUCGUGUCGGCGCGCCUUUUGGACGCGGACGGUACGGUUCUUAGCCGUUAUGCUAACUGGCCCGAGCCGUUCAAGUUCAUCAAGUUCCCACCAGUGGAGGCGGUCGGACUGAACAUUAGCGUCGCCGAGGACGGAGAGACCGUGUCCCUGUCUGUCAAGAAACCCGUCAAGGGCGUCAUUCUCGACGUCGAUGGAGACGACGUCAAGUGGAGUGACCAAGCGUUGGACUUGGUACCAGGCGAUGCUCAACAAGUGAGAGCCGCGGGGCUGAAUAGCAGGAAGAUCAAAGCAAGAUUCCUUGGUGACGGAUCCGCGUAAACCUUCGCUGAGUGUAUUUUGGAUGUCUCGGAAUUAGAUUUGUAUGAUUAUAUGAGCUUGGACUCGUCUGCGCUUUUGCUUCUUCAUGCGACGUUAUUCUCGG